AAAGAACCGCGGCAGUUAGUCUGACGCUGCUAGUGGGAAGAGUAAUAUCGCCAUCUCGCUUCAACUCGUGGAAGAAGCUACGACAAAAUGGCGCUGCACGAUACGACCAGGUUUUGCGUCGACUACAUUCGAUUAUUCACUCCAGUUAGAGCAGCUUCUUUGCGGUCUACGCUGCAAAAUCAUAAUUCACUUCCAGAACUCCAGUGUCGCCAUAUUGAUAAAUCAAAUAUUAGAGAUGUGAUUACAAAAUAUCAUACAAUGCAAUUAACUGUUGAUACUGGAGCUCCUAUAGACAUAGAAUUUAAAAUGUCAUCAAUUAAAGAAGUGAUCAUUAGCAAUGGGAAUGAAACUUUUUCUGACGAUAUCAAAAAUAGCAGCGAUAUUGUAAAAGACAAUACAAGUGAUACCGCAGAAAACAAUCAUAAGUUACAAAAUUUACAAUGUAAUGACAAAAUUGCACAUAAAGACGACACAGCAAGUUCUGUAGAAAGUGAAGAAAUUGGAAAAACCACAUCUGAGGAAACUUCGAUUGAUGAUUUUGAGAAAAGUUAUAGCCCUAAAAAUAGUACAAAUGAACAUAGUAAACCUGAGGAUAUUGUUAAUAAUGAUAACCCAAUAUCUCAACAUCAAGAAUCAGAGUCGCAAUAUGAAUUAAGUAAUCAUAAUUCAGAUGAGGAAGAAAAUGUAAUGGAAACUGAUGUAACUGAAAAGUUAGACAACGUUGAAAGUGAACAACAAUCAAACGUUAUUCCAAAACCUGGAAUGAUAAAUCAAAUAAACGGUGAUGAAAAUAUAAACACUCAAGAUCACGAAAACACAACUAAUGAUAGUAAAAUACACAAUAAGAUUACACUAAAGGGAAAUGAGAUUAGUGAACAAAAUGAGGGCGAGCAAACAAAUAAUGAUAUAAAAAACAUGGAUAGUGAAAGUUCAAUUCCUGACAGUGUUAUUGAUCAAGUUCCUAAUAAAGGCGAUGAAAAAAAGGAGCAAUCCCUUGAAGACGUAACUGUAUCUAAAUCAGAAAAUACUUAUUCCCUAAUCUCACCAAAAAUAGACAACGAUGAUUGUAAAGUUAUAGAAUCAGAAAGUGUAACUGAUUCUACUUUACAAAAGAGUCCUAAGCCGGACAAUAGUACAAAAGAAAGUGAAAUAACGCCAGAAAGUGUAGCCUCAGCUGAAACUGACACUAAAAGUAGAAAAAUUGAAAAAGAAGUUGAAAAAAUAAAUGAAACUAAGACGCACAAUGGCAAGGAUAAUAACGAAGAGGUAGAGGGCAAAUUAAUUGAAGAAAAAAAAGAAUCAUCACUGAUAUCUAAAUUAACAAAUAUUUUAGAUUUACUCUCUGAUGAUGAAGAAGAGCGUCACGGGGACACUUCUACUAAUGAAACAUCUAAAGUUGACAAACAAUGUAUUAGUCUUGUAGAUGAUGAUGAUGUUAUGUUAAUAGAUGAGGAGACGAGUGUUAAAGAAGAUGCAAAAACUACUAGUAUUCAGACAGACGAAGUAAUUCCGGAAACGUGUGAUGAGAACGCUGCUCUAAGCCAAGUAAAAAAAGAUGAAGUAAUAGAUGAAAAACAAGAAACAGGUUCUGAAGAAGUUGUGUACAAUUUAGAUAAUAACAAAUUAGACAGCCAAACGAAUAACGUAAAAGAAAUCAAUUCCUCAAAACCUUUGUUGUCGUUAAACUUCCUAAACAGUUGCAAGAAAACGUUAUCAGAUAUGACACGAGAAGACUUGGAAGAUUUUUGUAGUAUGAAAAUUUUGGAAAGCGUUCUGGAUAGGAGUAAUUUAGGAGAUUUAAAAGUUCAGCUUAAAACAAUGGCGGCUACUAUUGAGGAAUUUAAAAAGAAGACUAAUUUGUUAUCUAAACAAAAUAGAGAUCUACAAGUAGUAUUGAAAUCAGUACAAGAAGAACAAAAAAAGUCCUCAGGUACUGCAGUAACUCCUUUGAAAAUAACUCGCUCAGUAGGUAUGCAAGUACUGAUGACAGACAAAUCCAAUGCAAAAAGGAAAAAUCUACAAAUGAAUAAUUCAAGUGUAUUACCAACUGAACCUUCGCAUGUAGAUAAAACAAACCGUAACUCUAGUAUUCAAAAAUUACACAAGACUAAAAAUCAGCCUAUUCCAGUCCCAAGACUAGUCCCUGCCGCUAAUGCUAAUAACAAAACUAGCCCCGCUGCAAUUUCCAACAUCGCCGAUCCUGGAAAGUCUCCACAGGUUCCACCUUUAGUAAAUGGUGUAAGAAAUUCACCUCCUGUACUAAAGCCGGAAAAAAGAUCUAGAGUGCAAUCAGUAACAGUAGACUUGACAGAUGAUGAGCCUCCCCUGAAGUUAACUGCAAAGAUUUCACCCGCCCCAGGUGUGAGAUUGGUACCGGCACAGAAUUUAUUACCACCUCAGAGACCUCAAUUUACACCAGCAAUGACUAGUCCCAGGAAAGUGUACAUUCCAAUAAGUGGUCCACAAUCACAGAAUGUUAGACCGGGGCAGGCUGUUGUGUUAAAAACGGUUCCACCAAGUCCAGGACUAAGGCCGAGAAUGCCAGCAAACAAUAAUGUAAAUAAAGUGCAACCAAAUACCAUAAGAAUGAACCGACCAGUGUCCGCAGGUAGACAUCCUGCACCAUUACCUGACGUUGUCAAACAAUAUCAACCUACGAGUUGGAAAGCAUUGCCACCGGCACCGGACUUAAAACUAUCAAAGGUUGAAAAUGGAAUUGUGAUCUCAUGGAAAAUUGAUGGAUAUCAAGAAGAUAGUUAUGAAGAAAUUACUAGCUAUCAACUAUUUGCUUAUCAGGAGACGAAUUGCCCCCCAAGUACGGCGUUAUGGAAGAAAAUCGGCGACGUUAAAGCUCUUCCCUUGCCUAUGGCUUGUACACUAACCCAAUUCUUGGCAGGGUUUAAAUAUUAUUUUGCUGUUAGAGCUAUUGAUAUAAAAUCCCGAUUUGGGCCAUUCAGUUUGCCGGCUAGUAUACUUCUCCUUAACAAAAUGUGAGACUGAUUAAUUUGAGAAUUGCUUUUAAUAGAAGCACAAUAUCUACUCGGACAGAAUAAUAGAAAUAUGUAUCGCAUCAGCAAUUUACAGUAGUUUGUAAAGUUAUUUAUUGACAGUAUUUUUUGCAAUGGCAAGGAUACUUCUAACGACAGCUAUGAUGGUCACACCAUUUGCGAAAAAUUUUAACUUAUCGCAUCUAAAAACAAUUAUUUGGAUGAAAUAAUCUUUUGCUGAUGAUUGUUUUAAUUUUUAAAAAGCGAAGGUCAUAGACACAUCAUUUGCUUGUAAAUAUAAUAUUAAGU